AUGAGUUUUGAAGGCCGUCUGUCAUGGAUAGAGACUUCGGGCCUUGGGUUCUCAUUGGACUAUCCCGUCAUAAGCUUGCAUGCCAUCUCCAGGGACCUGAGUGCCUAUCCGUGGGAGCAUUUGUACAUCAUGGUAAAUGUAAAGUUUGAAGCAGAAGAAUCAAAAGAAUCUUGCAUGGGAGAAGAGGAGGAGGAGAAAGAAGAAGAAGGCAGCGAUGAUGAGCUUGAGCCCAUUUCAGAAUUCAGAUUUGUACCCAGAGACAAAUCUGCCUUGGAAGCGAUGUUCUCUGCGAUGUGUGAAUGCCAGGCCCUGCAUCCUGACCCUGAAGAUGAAGACUCUGACAACAAUUAUGACAGCGAGGAAUACGAUGUGGAAGCCCAUGAGAUGGGCCAAGGUGACAUCCCUUCAUUCUACACCUACAAAGAAGGCUUAUCACGUUUAACUGCUGAGGGUCAGGCUACAUUGGAGAGACUGGAGGGCAUGCUGGCCCAGUCAAUCAGCACUCAGUACCACAUGGCCGGGGUACGGACAGAAGAUUCUGUCAGAAACUUUGAAGAUGGAAUGGAGGUGGACACAGCACCAGCAGUUGCUGGGCAGUUUGAAGAUGCAGAUGUUGAUCACUGAGCAGGAUGCCCGGAUUCUUCUCUCAGCAUUUCCAGAACAGGCUCUGCAAGCUUGAAGACGUUAUAACCGAAAUUGCCCUUUCUGUAUUAAUGGCCUAAAUAUGAAGAUUUAGGUCUGUAAAUGCUUUUAUAAAUGUGUUGAUAAGGCAGGACUUGACACUGUGGGGCUGGCUUUUUUAAAAAAUAUAUGAACGUGAGAAAACGGUAAUACCUUGGGUCUGAAUGGAGGGAUUAAUCAUGGUUUAUUGUUGGAAAGUCUUUACAGGAAUGAUAGCGAUUAAGGUAUAACGUUGUCCUUAGAAUUCUAGAUUGUCCUAGAAUUUUCCCCAUAUUUUUGUGCCUGCUUAUCCACAGCUGACGAUGUCUGACAUGACCAUGAUUCUGGUUUAGCUAGAGAGAUGAGAGGUGUGGUG